ACACCGGAAGUCGAGGUGUUUCUGCGAUAGGAGCCGUCCAGUUUAAUUCAGUAUGGCGGGAAUCUUGCUGUCCUGGGAGAUGGCAAGGCCGGGGACAGGUGUAGGAGCAGCAGUGUAAUGCUUUUGUCAUUGCUAUGAGGAGCCGCAGUGUGAACAUAACGGAGCACAAUGGGGGUUCACGAGCUGUGGCCGAUCCUGGAGCCGGUGAAGAAACACGUCCCGUUGCAGAGUCUCAGUGGGAAGACGCUCGCUGUGGAUCUGAGUAUUUGGGUCUGUGAAGCGCAGUCUGUUAAACAAAUGGUUGGCGUUGUGUCCAAACCUCAUCUCAGGAAUCUUUUCUUCCGCGUCUCCUCUUUGAAUUUAAUGGGCGUAAAAUUGGUGUUUGUAACGGAGGGAGAAGCUCCAAAGGUUAAAGCCGACACCAUGAAGAAGAGGAAUGAGAUGAGGUACGGAGCCUUGAAGAAAACAGCCCCUGCAAGACCUGGACGGUCUUACUUCAAGUCAGUUCUGAAAGAGUGCCUCCGCAUGUUGGAUUGCCUGGGGGUGCCGUGGGUUCAAGCUGCCGGAGAAGCGGAGGCAAUGUGCGCCUAUCUUGAUGCAAAUGGCUGCGUGGAUGGCUGUAUCACCAAUGACGGGGAUGUUUUUCUCUACGGUGCUCGAACUGUGUACAGGAAUUUCACCAUGAACAUAAAGGAUCCACAUGUGGAUUGCUAUGAAGUCUCCGCCAUUAAAGACAGACUGGGCUUGAAUAGAGAGUCGCUGGUUGGCCUGGCAGUGCUGCUGGGAUGUGAUUAUAUACCAAAAGGUUUGCCUGGUGUGGGAAGACACCUGGCAGUGAAGUUCAUUGAGUCACUUAAUGGGGAGAGUAUUCUGGAGAGGUUUUCCCAGUGGAGGAAGCAGUUUGAUGAUCCCGCAAUGAACUCUAAGGCGGGCAAGAAAAAAGUUCACUGUACUGUUUGCGGCCAUCCAGGUUCUACUAAAGAGCACGAGCGGAAAGGCUGCGUGUUGUGUGGGAGCGAGAAAUACUGUGAGCCUCACGACUACGAUUACUCCUGCCCGUGUGACUGGCAUAAGGCCGAACAAGAAAAGAAGAAUGGUUCUGUGGACUAUAUCCUUAAGAUGAAGGCCAAGAAACGUGAAGGGUUCCCGUACCCUGAGGUUAUUCAGGAAUUUCUUGUAAAUAAGGAUAAAUUAGUAAAAGUGAUCAAAUGGACGAGGCCCAGUCUAAUGUGCUUCCAGAAUUUUGCUCUGGAGUGGAUGGAAUGGCCCAAACACUAUUCAUGUGAGAAGGUCCUGAGCCUCCUGACUUACUAUGAUAUGCAAGAGAGGAAGGCUGGCCGAGUACACGAUGCCCAGCUACAGGCUGUCCGAAUUGUUAAGCCACGAGUCAGAAAUGGGAUUCCCUGCUUUGAAAUUGAAUGGAUAACGCCAGUCGGCUAUGUUUUUCCCGAUGACCACCCAUCUGAUGCCCCCUUGUUGAGCAUUGAAGAAGAAUGUCUCUUUACAGGGGCUUAUCCUCGAGUCGUAGAACUGUUCCAAAAGGAUAAACUGGAGGCUGAGAUGCUGAAGCAGAAAUGUAAGAAAAGUAAACCUAAACCCAAGGCGCCUUCAAAUGUGAAUGACAUUGCUUCACUCUUGUCUGAAAUGAGUUUAACCCCACCUGUGGAGACAAAUGCAUCAUCGCCAGAACCUGAAACCACCACUUGUCUUGAAGGCAGUGAUCAGUCCAAUGAUCUGUGUGGUACUGCGCAACCUUCAUCACCUUUGUUCACACCCCUAUGUAUUGAAGAUGACAUCGACAGACCUGAGGGGCAAUGUUAUUCUGCAGCACCGGGUAAUAAACCAGAGUCUUCUGUGGCUUCUCCUAAUGCUUCAUCUGUGGUUGCAGAUCUACAUCUGAGUAGCAUUGAUUGGGAAGCCACCUCCUUUAGCAUGUCCCCUCAAGCCGAAUCUCGUACAGGUGGUAGUCAGAUAACCAUUGGAGAACCUGUUAAGCCAACCUACAAUAUCAACAAUCCAAUCCAAGAAGUUGCUGGAACAACUAAGAGUUUGGAAGCUAAAUCUGAACCACCUGUCUUUGCAUUAUCUGACUCUCCUUGCAUUACACACCUACAAAAGCUGCCUUUAAGAGAGAGGAUACUUUUAAAGAAUGCUGGCAAGCAUGCCACCGCCGAACCAGUUAUCAUUGAGAAACCCCAACCUUUAAAGCCCAUACCCCAAUGCCUCAGUAUGAGGGACGUUGCAAAGUCUGGUAACAACCAUAAUGGAAAUUAUAAGGAGAACCUUCAAAAACAUGAACAAACCAAGUCAAUAAAAGAACAAAGUUCUCAAAAGAGUGAAAAGCAAAUUAAUGCAACCAGGAAGCCUGACCUGAACUGUCGGGCACCUGAACGUCCCACCACAAAAACAUUUACUUUUGUCAAGAAGAUUCCUUUAGUUCCAGUAAAAUCUGUGUCAGAUGGAAACAUUGCCAGCAAAAUGGCACCAGAGUCAUCCAUAAAAGUGACCCAAAAGAAAAGUGUCUGCCUCAAGGUGGCCUCUUCUAGUGAGGAUGAAGAGGAACAAGGAAGGGGUGGUAAACCUAAACAUUUCUUCAAGAAAGAAUGUUCAAAAUCAGAUAUGCCCACAAACAAAAUGGCUCCCGUCAGACCAGUAACUAACAAGCAGCCAUAUACGUUUACUAUUCCCAGUACAGAUGAUGUAUUAGACAACUUGUUUUUCCAAAGCCCAGAAGCCAAGGUCUUACCUGCCACGUCUCCAGUUAAUUUGAGUGAUGAUGAAGACGACUCUAUAAUAUCUGUGGACAGUCCUUUACCACUGUCCGAAAGACUAAAACUCAGACUGUUACAGAGCAGCUGAUGUUUGUUUUUUUCCUCUUCCUUUUACCUUUUAUGCCUUGACUAUAUGUGUCCACUGUUUUAUACACAGAACUUUUCAAAGUUAAAAUCUACACAAAAUGUAGAGUAAAAGAUGUAGAUAUUUUUUAUUAUUUUCUGAUCUUUUUUUCUGUUCACAUAUAUGACUUUGUUAAAAUCCUGGUAAGUGGUCUUGGGAACAGUCAGCAGUGUAUCUCCAUUUUGCUGUCUGAUAUAUAAAGGCCCCCAUAUACACUAGAAAAGUUGGCUGUACCAAAUCUUAGUUUGACCAUGUAACAUAUAUGUGGGCCUCCUAAGGGCCCGUUCACAAUGAGGAAUUUACUCGAGUAAUUCCUUGUGAAUUCUCCGGUUGAAAAAAUAAUCUCUCCUUCCCAUAGACAUUAAUGUAUUUUUCUCUCUCAUUCACACUGUGGAAAUUCCGCUCACGGAGUUCUGCGGCGGAAUUCCUCUACGCUUGAAGAAAGAGCAUGUUCAUUCUUCAAGCAGAAUCCACAAGCAGAAUCCCAUAGAACUCCUAUAUUUCCUACAUCUCUUAUAUUCGUCAAUUCCGUGCAGAAAAAAAACCCGGAAAUUCCAGAGCGGAAUUUUUAAGCGAGAAUUCCUUGCCAAUUACUCAGUGUGAACGGGGCCCAACUCUACCCCCACCAUUGAUUUCUGGAGAGAGACGGAUCUGACACUUUUUAUUCCAUUUGCACAAAUAUUU